AAGAACCCGGGAUUCAGCCGUAACGUCGGCAGCGUUUUAUCGCCUACGCGGCGGAAGACAGUCCCUAUCAUGGCGGAUAAAGAAGCUGCCUUUGAUGAUGCAGUGGAAGAACGAGUGAUCAAUGAAGAAUAUAAAAUAUGGAAAAAGAAUACUCCUUUCCUCUAUGAUCUUGUAAUGACCCAUGCUUUGGAGUGGCCCAGUUUGACUGCUCAGUGGCUUCCUGAUGUAACCAGACCUGAAGGAAAAGACUUCAGUAUUCAUCGGCUAGUUCUUGGGACUCAUACCUCUGAUGAACAAAACCAUCUUGUGAUAGCCAGUGUGCAACUCCCUAAUGAUGAUGCGCAGUUUGAUGCCUCCCAUUACGAUAGUGAGAAAGGAGAGUUUGGGGGCUUUGGCUCUGUUAGUGGUAAAAUUGAAAUUGAAAUAAAGAUCAAUCAUGAAGGAGAAGUGAAUAGAGCACGCUACAUGCCCCAGAAUCCAUGCAUUAUCGCCACAAAGACUCCAUCCAGCGAUGUUCUUGUGUUUGAUUAUACCAAGCAUCCAUCUAAGCCAGAUCCUUCUGGUGAGUGCAAUCCAGAUCUUCGUCUUCGUGGGCAUCAGAAAGAAGGCUAUGGCCUAUCUUGGAACCCAAACCUUAGUGGCCAUUUGCUUAGUGCAUCUGAUGAUCAUACUAUCUGCUUGUGGGACAUAAGUGCUGUUCCCAAGGAAGGGAAAGUGGUGGAUGCCAAGACCAUUUUUACUGGUCAUACAGCUGUGGUGGAAGAUGUUUCCUGGCAUUUGCUCCAUGAAUCUCUCUUUGGAUCUGUCGCUGAUGAUCAGAAACUCAUGAUCUGGGACACUCGGUCGAACAAUACUUCCAAGCCAAGCCACUCCGUAGAUGCUCACACUGCUGAAGUGAACUGCCUGUCUUUCAAUCCUUAUAGUGAAUUCAUCUUAGCCACAGGAUCAGCUGAUAAGACUGUUGCAUUGUGGGACCUGAGGAAUCUGAAAUUGAAGCUGCACUCUUUUGAGUCACACAAAGAUGAGAUAUUUCAGGUUCAGUGGUCCCCACAUAAUGAAACUAUUUUGGCUUCUAGCGGAACCGAUCGCAGACUAAACGUAUGGGACUUAAGCAAAAUUGGGGAAGAACAGUCUCCUGAAGAUGCAGAAGAUGGUCCACCUGAGCUUUUGUUUAUUCAUGGUGGUCACACUGCAAAGAUAUCUGAUUUCUCCUGGAAUCCCAAUGAACCAUGGGUAAUUUGUUCUGUAUCAGAAGACAAUAUCAUGCAAGUCUGGCAAAUGGCAGAGAACAUAUAUAAUGAUGAAGACCCUGAAGGAAGUGUGGAUCCAGAAGGCCAAGGAUCCUAGACAUUUGGUCUCUUUCUUUCCUUGCUGUUCUUUUCCCCCCUCCUGUUGUUCUCCCCCUGUCGUCUCCCAGUUUUCCUGAAUUGUCAGCACUGGUGCUUGAGAGAGACAGGCACUGCAUUCAACAACCCAUCUGUAGAUAACAGUCCAUCAGCUUUACAUCUAACCAAGAAAGUGAACAGUUGCUUUUGAAAGUUGAGGGUUUGGUGUGACAUGAGUUACUAUCACACAGUGGCUCUUUGGUCAUUUUCCUCCCCAAAUGUUGGUUGAGCUAGUAUUUGCACUCUUUUGCCUUUACUACAACAUAGAUUUUAGGGAGGUGAGCUACUAUCAGUGAUUGAGGUGCGAUUCUGUUGUUCCAGUUAAUACCUGAGCUUCCCCCUAUCACAUCUUGCUUCUUCAGUGCUUUUUUUUAUGGGGUAUCUCAGGCUGUGGAUAUGAAUAUGGUAGAUCAUAUCUGCACAUCACUUUGCACUCUUGGGUGUUUUUUUAAACUGUGUUCUAAUGUUAUAUCUUUCCUUUGCUUUCUGUGAAAUGUUUUGGUGUUUAUCUUGGGGGACCACCAGAUCGUUUAAGAAGUUGAUUUCAUUUGAGUAGUGUACCACAGAUGGCAUGUCCAGUAACCUGGAAAUACACAGUGGUA